AUGCCUCUUCUGGCCAGCAUCAUGGGCCUGGCAGGCCUUCUCCUCUGGACAGGCCACACAGUGGGAGCCUUAAGGAUGCCCAACACCACACUGGUCCUGGGCCGACCCAAGAACAUAGCUGUGUGGCCCCUGUCUGGCUCGGGGGUGCCCCGGUACCGCCGGAAACGUCAUAUCUCUGCCCGGGACAUGAGCGCCUUGCUGGAUUAUCACAACCACAUCCGGGCCAGCGUACACCCGCCUGCUGCCAACAUGGAGUAUAUGGUUUGGGAUGAGCAGCUGGCCAGGUCUGCUGAAGCCUGGGCCGCCCAGUGCAUCUGGGCCCAUGGACCCUCACAGCUGAUGAAAUACGUGGGCCAGAACCUCUCGAUCCAUUCCGGCCGGUACCGUUCUGUGGUAGAUCUCGUGAAGUCUUGGUCUGAGGAAAAGCGGCAUUACUCAUUCCCAGCUCCGAAGGACUGUGCCCCACACUGCCCUUGGCUCUGCAGGGGUCCUGUUUGCUCCCACUAUACCCAGAUGGUGUGGGCAUCCUCCAGCCGGCUGGGCUGCGCCCUUCACACCUGCAGCAGCAUCCAUGUAUGGGGAAGCACCUGGCAGCAGGCUGUGUACCUGGUCUGCAACUACGCCAUUAAGGGCAACUGGAUUGGGGAGGCGCCCUACAAGACUGGGAAGCCAUGUUCUGCCUGUCCCUCCAGUUACCAAGGCAACUGCAACAACAACAUGUGCUUCUCUGGACUCAAAUCCAACAGGCUCCCAUGGAUCUAA